AUGUCUUCCUACAUCUGGCUCGUCACUGGUGCAUCAAGCGGCCAAGGCACAGAAAUCGCGCUGGCUGCUCUGCGGGCAGGGCACAGAGUCAUCGGUACAGCUCGUGAUGUGGACAGGGCUAGAAGGACUUGCACCGAGAUGGAACAGUUGGGUGGCAAAUGGAUCAAGCUGGAUGUCACGGACGAUAAUACCCAAAGUGUGGUGGCGGAGGCCGUGACGCAGUAUGGCAUAAACGUCAUUGUCAACAAUGCUGGCUACGGACUACGAGGUGUUCUUGAAGAUUUAAGCAUGCACCAAGUAAGAGCCCAAAUGGAAACAAACUUCUUCGGUGCCCUCGCUGUAACCAAGGGCGCCAUUCCCACUUUCCGUUUCCAGCGCAAUGGGAUCAUAGUAAUGAUCUCGUCCGCCUCAGGCUUCUCCGGCACGCCCAGUCAAAGCAUGUACUCCGCCUCCAAGUUCGCUCUGGAAGGUGCGUCGGAGUCUCUGGCCGCUGAAUUAGAGCCUUUUGGCAUACGUGUUCUCGUUGUGGAACUAGGGGCAUAUCGUACACCGUUCCAGACUGCUGUCGAAAAGCCUGAGCAGGCCAUUAGUGAGGCUUACAAGGGCACUGCUGCGGACGAGGCGGCGAGGAGGAUCACUGCUGGACAUGGGAGACAGGCGGGCGAUCCUGUGAAGGCGGCGCACGCGAUCGUUGAAGUUGUCACUGGGACGGGGCGAGGCGCUGAGCUGAAGGAUGUCUUUCGGCUGCCGUUGGGUAAGGACGCCGUGUCUCGCGCUUCUGUCAAGAUGACUUCGUUCUCAGAAGACGUGGAGAGAUGCAAGAGUCUUGCUGAGUGGGCUUGCUUCGAAGAGGAUUACGAAGGCUAUCCGCCGCUCUAA